UAGCCUCACGCUAGCACUCCUUCGGCUCAGAUCAUUAGUAGGACGCCCGGGAACUCGUUCGGAGGGAGGCGAUUGGAGAAACAGCUCAACAGUGUUGGAGAUGGCGGCCACAGCCCAGUCCUUUAGUGGCAAUUUGAAGAAAGCGCUUGCUGGCUUAAGACGAAUCGAUCUGGAAGGCUUAAGGUGGAGAGUAUUUGAUGCCAAAGGCCAGGUUCUUGGGAGGCUGGCAUCUCAAAUAUCAACUGUGGUUCAGGGUAAAGAUAAGCCAACUUACUCGCCUAACUGGGACAAAGGGGACAUGUGCAUUGUGAUCAAUGCAAAAGAUGUUUGUGUCACCGGAAGGAAACUCACUGAUAAGUUCUACCGAUGGCACACCGGGUAUAUUGGGCACCUGAAGGAGAGGAGUUUAAAGGACCAGAUGGCCAAGGAUCCCACAGAAGUCAUUCGCAAAGCAGUUCUUCGCAUGCUUCCAAGAAACAAAUUGCGUGAUGAUCGAGAUCGCAAAUUGAGAAUAUUUGCAGGCAGUGAGCAUCCCUUUGGCGAACGGGCUCUAGAGCCUUAUGUGAUGCCACCACGGCAAGUGCGUGAAAUGCGACCUCGUGCUAGGCGGGCCAUGAUUCGAGCUCAAAAGAAGGCUGAGCAACAACAGGGAGGAGCUACAGUUUCAAAGAUGGGCAAAAGGAAAGAGGUGGAAGCAGCAGAGAAUAAUGCAUGAGUUUUAAUUUUGCCAAUUUUCAUAGCUUUCUGUAACUACCAUAACAAUCUUCGAUGGGUACUAGCUGUUUUAAGUACUGAAAUUUGAUCUCAAAUGACUCCAGCUUGGAAUUUGAAUGUGAUUUCUCAUUGUUAUAUGCACCUUAUUUACUUUC